AUGCGCAAUGCAGACACGCUCAUUCCGAUCAUGCUGGGCAACCUGCGUCAAGAGAUCCAAGCAGAACAAGCCUUACUUCGGCAACGUGCCCGAGAAGGCGACCCGUACUCCGUGUUCUCCAACGGGCGACGGAGACGAUCUCGGCGCAAGGCGCGGGAGGUGACCGAGCUAUUGGAAACCACCCUCAACGGCAUGUGGCAGCAGUUUCGCAAUAUAGAACGCCCGUUCCUCAUCAGGAAUCCAGUGCGCGCUGAAGAGGUUCAGAGAGGCGACUGGUGGGGAGAAAGUGACGUGGAAGAGAAGCCCUACGCGAAACCCAGCUCGAAUGAAAAGCAGACCACCAACCGUAUCGGCAUGGUAGAAGCUGGCCUGGCUCCCGGCACCGAGAGGUAUUAUAGGACUGACUUGGUCCAUCGUUUCAUCUGGUGGCAAAGCCAGUCGUCCGUGGUCAGUAUGCUCAACCAGGUCCAGCGGCUUCAGAUUCGAAGGAUCGAAAGAGACACAUUCGAAGCAGACGAGUUGGUGAAACGAUGUUUAGCAAUACUUGAUCGACGAGGUGGUGGUGGAACAUGUCGUAAACGUGGAGGCAGCAGCUCUGGUAGCGACGAUAGACGUGGAGGGGGCGGCGGUGGUCUCGCGAGUCGUAGGGGUAGUAUGGCCUCAAGACCGGGCAGUGUAAGAGCUUUCAAACGCCGAGCUGAUGGAGGCGGCGCUCGGGUUAGAGAACUUGAACAGAAGGAAGUGGUUAGAAGAAAGCCUGAACCAGAGACCGUAUCCCGAGCUGCCGACGCAAGCAACACGGCCCGACGAAGAAGUUCUCAGCCACGGUUCGAUUAUGAAGUUGUCCAACCUGGAAGGAUAUAUGUCGACGUCGAGGACGGUGGAAUACGAGAAGUUGUCGAAUAUGUCGACCCCACCAAUUCCAGGCGUGCCCGAAGAGACAGCUAUCUAGAAAGGGGCCGCGAUUCUUCUAGGCUACGGGACUCGAGCCGAGAACGAAGAAGGGGUUGA